AUGGUCGACGAAGAACCAAUGCCUACUCGCUGGUCUUUCCAGGAGUUCAAAACGUAUUAUGAUGUUAAGCUUGGCAGGAAGAAACCGGUGGAGAAUGGCGAGACAGCGGAUAAAGCGGUCAGUAAUGGAAAUUCUUCUGGUAUAACAUCUAAUGGCAAUUUUCAUGUCAAAAUAACACCAGAUAAGGCUAUUUAUGAGCAGUUCCAAAGCCAGGGGCAGAAUCCAGUGCAUACAAAUGGUUUUGCACCAAACAUUGUUAAUGAAAAGCCGCCUAAGUCUUUGCUUCCACCUUUGGAAUCUGCGGAAAUGCGUACUUUAGCAGAGAGCUUAAGUAGGGAUAUUAUUCGUGGGAGUCCAAACGUGAAGUGGGAAAGCAUCAAGGGGUUAGAGAAUGCCAAACGUUUACUGAAAGAAGCUGUAGUGAUGCCGAUUAAAUAUCCCAAGUACUUUACUGGUCUGUUAUCACCAUGGAAGGGCAUUCUUCUUUUUGGGCCCCCAGGGACAGGAAAGACAAUGCUUGCUAAGGCAGUUGCAACAGAGUGCAAUACUACAUUUUUUAAUAUUUCAGCAUCGUCUGUUGUCAGCAAAUGGCGAGGUGAUUCGGAGAAGUUAGUUAAGGUGUUAUUUGAGCUUGCAAGGCAUCAUGCGCCCGCAACAAUAUUUCUUGAUGAAAUUGAUGCAAUCAUUAGUCAGCGUGGUGAGGCACGCAGUGAACAUGAAGCAAGUAGACGGUUAAAAACUGAAUUACUCAUUCAGAUGGAUGGUUUAACACGGACGGAUGAACUUGUUUUUGUUUUGGCGGCAACUAAUCUUCCCUGGGAAUUGGAUGCAGCCAUGCUUAGACGUCUUGAGAAGCGAAUCCUUGUACCACUUCCAGAACCAGAAGCAAGAAGAUCAAUGUUUGAGGAACUCCUUCCUCGGCAGCCUGAUGAGGAACUGAUCCCCUAUGAUUUACUCGUGGACCGGACAGAAGGUUAUUCAGGCUCGGAUAUCCGCCUACUUUGUAAAGAAACAGCAAUGCAGCCAUUGAGACGCCUAAUGUCACAACUUGAACAGGAACAAGAUGUGGUGCCUGAAGAAGAGUUGCCAAAAGUUGGGCCAGUCAGGCCUGAAGAUGUCGAGAUAGCUUUAAGGAACACACGGCCGUCUGCUCAUCUCCUUGCCCACAAAUACGACAAGUUUAAUGCUGAUUAUGGUAGUCAAAUACUUCAAUGA